AACUCGAAAAUUUGUAAACAAACCAUUUUAGAAUUUUAAAAAUUUGAUUAUCAGUUGCAAUUCUCGGGAAUUUUGGUUAAAAUGCCGAUAUUUCAUCGCCAAACCAAACCAAGUUCCAGCGGGGAUGGAAGCGAUAGAUCGGUGAGCGUUAGCAGCUCCAGAAGCAAGUCAUUCGAUUCAAGCGAAGAUUUAUCUCAUUCAAGUUCUGUUUCGACUCCUGAGUUUGAGAUGAAACAAAGUGGGACCGGUAGUUUCUCCUCUACUAGGAGUUCAAUUCCAGACUCUCCCCUCCUAAGCUCCCCUGCAUCGGAGUACUCUGUUAAAGUUCUUGGUGUUCUAGACAACAUCGAAGGGCAAGGAGACGGUCCUUUAGAAGUUAUCAAUGCUAUCGAUAUCGCACAGAGUGAAGAGAAAAUUCCUUUCUUUGCGAUCGGGGAAGAUGUGUUUGUUUCAAUUUCAAUGAAUGGAUUUCAAGUUACGGAUAACAACCAAAGGAAUGUAUUGAAGAGGUUACCUCUCCACUCUAUUGAAAGAAUGGUCACCUAUGAUGAUGGCAUCCAUGGAAACACUAUACUAGCAGUGAAGACAGUCACAGACCAACACAGAUACUCAGUACAUGCGUACCAAUGCACUAACGCUUUUCUCGGACAAAAGAUCACAAGGUGUUUCAGCCAUGUUCUCGCCUCUGUGUUGUCAUCGUCUCCCAUGGUUACCGACGAGAGUGGCGAGGAUGACGAGUCAUCAUGACAUCAUCAACGUAAACAAUGACUCGGCAAAAAAUCGAAACAAUUUUCGAACUUUUCCAUGGUGAUGACAUCACAAGUGCGUCCCAUGUUUGGAAUGUUUAUGUUUCUUCUUCUUCCGAUGUUCAGGUUGAGUGGUUUUCGUCGACUCGGGGUCAGAGGUCGCUUCGGAGUCCUGGGGUUAAUAUGAUGUUUAUGUGGACGCUCAUUUCAAGUUAAAUGGUAUUAUUCACAAGUUGCGGGGCAACGACUGUAGUUAUAACACGAGUGUUCUAUUCAGUACACCUUGUGCCCGCUUACAAGUUACCACGUAUGUCGUAUGUAACUCAUUUACCCUCGCAUGGCGAUGCAACGAUAGUCGUUAUAACACGGUGUUCUGUUUCAUACACCCCGUGUCCGCUUACAAGUUACCACCAAUACCACGUAUGUAACUUUGUGGGUGGUGAUCAACUGAUUUUAUCCAAUAUUGUGCAGUUGUCAUUACAUUUAACAAAGCAUUACUUUGAUAUUAUCACAUUCAAUUACUUAUUUUGCACGAAGUGUCUUUUUUAAAAUGUUAUGAAUAUAGAUAAAGAUAAAUCUAACCUGGGAAGGAGAA